AUGGCAGCUACUACAGGCUUUGCCAAUCAGGCUCCUGCCGAUAUGGACAUGGAUAUGGACCUUGAUCUGGGCCCGGAGCCUGAGAUGCCGGAACCUGAGCUCCUCCAGACCGAGCCGAUCAUUCAAGAGAAUCCUAUCGAUCCACUUGCGGAAGAAGCUAUGUACGAAAAAGUUCACGUUCGUGGGGUGGACGAAUUGACCACCGAUGACAUCAAGCAAUUCGCAAUUAGUCACUUUGAUCAAGAGAGGCCCUCGCGCGUUGAAUGGAUUGAUGAUACUUCUGCCAAUAUUAUCUACUCUUCUAGCGACGUGGGUCUUCAAGCCCUCACUGCGCUGACCCAGGUCGGCGAGGAAGAAGACGUCUCUGCCCUCCCUCCUUUGCGCCUCCGCUCAGGCAAGCUCCUCGCAUCCCACCCCGACUCUGUUUUACUAGUCCGAUCUGCCGUAAAGUCAGACCGCAAGCAAGCCCGUGCCUACGAAAAGAGCCGUUUCUACCUCAUGCAUCCAGAACACGACCCCCGCGAGCAGCUGCGCCAGGAGCUCUCAGACAGAAGACGACACGGUGACAGUGGGGAUGGUGAUUACAAGCGCCGCCGAUUUGAUGACCGGGAAUUGCGUCGCCGACGUGACAGAGACGGUGACGACCUUUUCAGCGCCAAUAUGUACGAUGAUCAGCCUGACAGCUAUUCCGAUCCCGAGCGUGACCGUUCCGGUCGGAGAGGCGGGGCACCCCGCGAAUUAUUCCCCGAUGAUGGUCGUGGCUCUGGACGAUUGCGCAACCGCAGUGCCUCCCCCGGCCGAGACACUCUUGAAGAAGCCACCCGAGCCGACCAAACCGAUUCCCGCAGACGAUUCCGCGAGCGCUCACCUCGCCUCGGUCGCGGUGACAAUAAAGGCAAAGAGCUUUUCCCAUCUGGUGACGCUGGCGCGCGUGAGCUGUUCCCCAACAAACCCGCUUCGAGCUAUAUUCCGAAAGAAUUGUUCCCUGCCAAAGCCAGUGGCCACCGUCGAUCCGACGCUUUCGACGCUGCUGAUGAGACCCCGGACCUUUUGCGUCGCAGGAUUUCUGUUCCCGUCGCCGAUGGAAACCAGCGAAACCGCGAGCUUUUCCCCGAUGAAGAUCAAGGCGCCGCUAUGCGUGGAGUAGCCUCAGGAGACAACUCAGGUUUCUCUAUUCGUGGUGCAGCCUCCUCCCCUGGUAUUUCGAUCAAGGGUCGCGGCGGUGCAUCGGUCCGUGAACUGUUCCCAUCUAAGUUUGACGGUGAUGCUGGUGGAUCCAAUGCCGGGAAGGAGCUUUUCUCUGAUACAUUGCAAGGUCGUGGAGGACGUCGCCGCAGAGCAGAGGAUAUGUUUGGUAAUUGA